AUGACUAACCUCGAGUCAUUGGACCUUUCUCAAAACAUGCUGUCAGGGGAGAUCCCUCAGACGCUAGCACAACUCACUUCUCUAGAAGUCUUCAAUGUCUCUCAUAAUCGUCUUGUGGGACCUAUACCCCAAGGAGAACAAUUCAACACUUUUGAUGACAGUUCAUUUCAGGGAAACUUAGCAUUAUGUGGUUUCCCAUUGCCUGAAAAAUGUGGAAACAGAGACUUCCCACCAGAAUCAGCACCAACGCAAGUGACAGAAGACAACUCAAUGUGGAUUGAUUGGCUCGUCAGAUCUUUGGGCUGUGCAAGCGGGUUUAUAGUAGGCUUUGUAAUUGGAAAGAUUUUCAUCACUGAUAAGCACCAUGAUUGGUUCAUAGAUACUUUCGGAAGGAGAAAAUGGCCCAAGACUAGAGCAAGAUCAGCUCCAAGAGGUCCGAGGAACUCAUGA